CCUACGUGAGCGAGACUAGUACAUAAACUUCUACUAGUAAUACGUUUGGUCAACCGGUCACACAUCACUCUAUACUAUUCCGCACGUUGCCCACAGGAGUCAAUUUUAGGCGUACUAUUUGCGCCCCAACCUGUUUGGAAAUUCAGACGAGCGCUGGCUCGACAAUAUAAGGAGAGCCUCGUUGCAGACUUGUUGCUUCGAGGCCUUUGUACCUUUGUAUCUCAUUGACGCAGCGCAAGCCUAGUAACUUGUUCCCCAGCCUUUCAUACAAACACAAGCUCCUCUUGUUCAACAGACCAUGUUGGACUUACUCUCCAAAGAUCGGAUAGUCGACGAGGCAGGCCUCAGAGCCGCCUUGUAUCAUCUAGGCACAGUCUCAAGUUCAGGAGCAACCGCAUUACAAGCCACGGUCGAGCAUAUGUUAUCAUCACCCCAUGUUUUUGCAUAUAUCAUUUCUGUUUGGGAUCGCCGUGAGGCAAUGAUCUCCCAGAUCAUGACAGACUUUCCAACGAAAUCUCAAGAAUAUCCAGCAUCCAUCGCGAGAAAGAUGCUAGACAGUCUGUCUAUGUACUUUUUGGCUUUGCCUGUUGAAUCUUUAGCGACGGAUGUCUCGAGGAACAUCAGCCGCCACAGAGGCUUCAUCGAGGGCGCUUUACCAGUACUUUGCGCGUUGGGCACUAUGAAAUUUACUGGUACAGGGUCAUCUGAAGACGAGAUCGAUCUCUUCGAUGUCGAAUCGGAUUAUGGAUUCAUCAAGAGGAAAGUCCCUCAGAAAAUGCGCAAGCGUAAUCGCCUGAAAGUUCAUACGGCCAUCGACACAUCGCUCUUCGUGAGGCUCGGUGUGGUUGUACCUCUCACGAGCGAGGCUGCCGCAUCGUUGUCUACCCACAUUCUUGCGGAGCUGAAAGAUGCUCUCUCAUUCUAUUUCUCGCUUCUGCGGAGGACGGAAUUGGCAGGCGACAUCAAAGCCUUACUCCUCCCGAACGUGGGAGAGUCUGCCAAAGAUGUUGCGCCUGAAGUUUCGUCAACCGAGGAUGUCGUGAGCCCAACAAAGCGACCCAAUGCGUACCCAAUGGUGCAGCCUAUGAAGGCUGCGCUUUACUUCGACAACGCGGACGGGUUCGGAGAGUGGCGAAUCCUCAUAUCUACGGAGGCCUCCAAAAAUUUGCGUGAAUUCCGUGGAGCAGAUGAGAAGAUAUUCAAGAUCAUUGUCAAGAAGAUCAAACAACUAUCAAAUGGUCAUUUUUCAGAAGAUAAUCACAAGCGACUUAACGGGCCGGAUGCAGGUAUACCUAUCCACGAGGCCAAGAUGACAAGGGACCUACGAUUAGUAUACCAGAUCGAUUGUGUCCUUGACCAGGAUGGAGAGUCCGAAAGACAAGUAAUCAAGGUAUACGGCAUUUAUACGCAUGCUCAGCUUGGUAGAAUAUGGGAUGCCCUGGGUUGCCAUCUCGCACGUAAGGGCAGAGAGUAUCGUAGAAGGUGUAUCUUCCGGAACAGACCAGUCAUUUCUAAUGACAGCGUGAUUCUGCCUGCGUCAUUCCCACCAGCUGAACUUGAACCAGAAUUCUCAGGAAGUCCACUUGAUCUUAGUGAUAAGGAUAUGGACCGCCUUCACUCUUUGCUUGUUUUGGAGAAAUAUGUUACAUUCUCGCAAGCGUUCCUGCAAGGUCUCAUCGCAAACCAAGACGUACAGCACGUCUUCAUACUCACACCUCAAGAACAAAAGAUUGUCGAGUGUACCACAUCAUGUUACGUCUUGGGUCGCAGCGGCACGGGGAAAACCACGACGAUGCUGUUUAAGAUUCUCGGCAUUCAGCGAGCUUGGGAGAUGAGUGCCGUUGACAUGCCGAAGCCACGCCAAAUCUUCGUGACCAAAUCCAGAGUGCUCGCUACGAAAGUGGAAGAGUAUUUCACGAAGCUUCUCGAAUCUCUGGCGUUAGCAGGCUAUACCCUGGAGGAACUUGCAAAAAUGAAGGCACAAAGCGUUCAGGAGGGCCUUGUUGAUCUCGACGACUUGCCCGAUUCACAGAUGAAUAUACCCAUGAAAUACAGCGAACUUGAAGAUAAGCACUUUCCUCUUUUUGUGACUUUCGAUCGACUGUCGAAGAUGAUCGCGGCAGAUAUGUUGAGCAAGGAUGUCCCCGAAACGAGAGAUAGCGCAGGACUUUUCUUCAAUGUUGACGAUGCUGAGGCGCAUGACUCUUUCGUCACCUAUGACGUAUUCGCAAAUCAAUACUGGCCUCAUUUUCCGCAGAAUCUCACUAAGAAUCUUAACCCGUGGUUGGUUUUCAGCGAAUUCAUGGGGAUCGUCAAAGGCUCCGAACAUGCACUGACCUGUCCUGAAGGAGUUCUCGAUCGCCCGAAUUACCUCCGUCUUCCUCAUCGUUCUAACCCAAACUUUGCGAAUCAGAGGGGAAUUCUAUAUGACAUCUUUGAGUAUUAUACGAAAAUCAAGAAGCAGCGACGUCAUCACGAUGUUGCAGAUCGCACGCAUGCGGUACUUAAGGUCUUGCGGAGCCAGAGGUUCCCUGGCCAACAGAUCGAUUAUCUGUAUGUCGACGAAGCACAAGACAACCUUCUGAUCGACGCACUCUUUUUGAGGCAAUUAUGCAGGAAUCCAGACGGUUUGUUCUGGGCUGGGGAUACCGCACAGACAAUUUCUGCAGGGAGUUCCUUUAGGUUCGAUGAUCUGAAAGCCUUUCUCUACCGUGUGGAGCAGCAAAAUACCUCGGUCAAUUCCGCUGGAGCAUGUCUUCAUCAGCCUACGAUGUUUCAAUUGGCGAUCAACUACAGAUCGCACGGUGGCAUCGUCAACUGCGCACAUUCUGUGAUUGAACUCAUCACAAAAUUCUGGCCCAACACAAUCGAUAACCUUCGGCCAGAAAGGGGGGUGGUUGACGGGCUGAAGCCUGUAUUUUUCACUGGUUGGGAUAAAGACACUGUCCGUUAUGAACAGUUCUUGUUCGGGGCAAGCGGUAGUCACAUUGAGUUCGGAGCGCAGCAAUGCAUCCUCGUGCGUGACGAUGCGGCACGUCAAAAGUUGCGAGAACAAGUUGGUGAAAUUGGACUGAUUAUGACGCUUUACGAGAGCAAAGGCCUGGAAUUCAAUGAUGUGCUUUUGUACAACUUUUUCGAGGAUUCUGUGAUAGAUCUGUCACGAUGGCGCAUAGUUCUCAAUGGAGUAGAGGGUCAAGAACAUGCGCCGAACUUCGAUCGUGAUGAGACGCGAUACGCUGGGGUUUGUAGCGAGCUCAAACUUCUUUACGUGGGAAUCACUCGAGCAAGGAAGAACAUGUGGAUCGUUGACAAGUCUGAUAAAUCAGACCCAAUGCGUAUAUUCUGGACGUCUCGCAAUCAAGUCCAGAAUUGCACACCCGGCACCGAUGUCCCUCAUCUAGCCGUCUCCUCGACUCCAGAAGAAUGGGCAUCCUUCGGGCGCUCGCUAUUCUCGCACAAGCGCUACUCGCAAGCUAUCCACUGCUUCGAACGUGCUAACCUUCGUCGUGAGGUGAAUGUCUGUAAAGCAUAUCAACUGCGAGAAGUCGCACGUUCUAGUGUCGGGGUGGCCAUACUCAGUGACCAAAAAAGAGCUUUUAACUUGGCUGCUGAUGCCUUUACUGAUUGUGGUACGACCGCAACAGGAAACCAGAAACUCCAAUAUUAUCGUAACUCGGCGGAUUGCUACAUUCGAGCAGGGGAUGAUAUCAAAGCUGCUGAGGCCUAUAUCAAUGCUGAAGAGUUCGAGCAAGCAGCGAAAAGAUAUCGCAAGGCUGGACGGUUUGACAAGACCCUUCAUGUUCUUGGUGGCCAUAGCAUGAAUAUACCUGAAGAGACCAAGGCGGAGUUAUGGACUGUGUGCAGACUGUUUUACUGCAGCAGAAACAACACUAAGGCUCCCUUGCCUCUCUUCUCGACAUUUGAUGAGGAACUCGAAUUUCUGGAGGACUAUGAUCUUGAUUUCGCUCGAGCCUCGCUGCUCGAAUCCCACUCAAGGUACUAUGAGGCCGCAGAACUCCACUUGUCAGAGAAUAGGCCCUUGGAAGCUGUCCGAGCGUUCAUUAAGGACAGCGACAACGGCAAUUCUACUAUUCGUGCGGCCGAAACUAUAUUGGAAUACUUCUGGCGCAAAUGCUCCUUUAGAAUUACUGCAAAAACUGUUGCUGAUGAGCCAAUGCGGCAUUUCAUCGCUCUCGCUGAUCAACUAGAGACGAACAAACUGACGCUGGCGACCCGUGAUCUAAUAUCGAUGUUUCGGACCAUCCUGUGCGGAAAUCAUGAGCCGUUGAGAAACCUUGCGCUUAGCCUCCAUGGAAAUAAUAACCAGCCAGCAGCUCUCCUUUGCCUGGACCAUAUAUUCUCUCGAACCACAGACAUUCGAACGUUCGCGGUCGAAGAAAUGCAACGGUUCCUUCAGCAAUUCCAUGCCUAUGCGCGACUGUUGUAUCUGAUUUUGACGAUCCCUGACCCCAUGGACUCGGAGCAUAGGGGUAUACAGAGACUGUUCUCCAUCGUGCAGUUGUCCGGUGACGAGUUUCUCAUACCAGAUGGAACGUUCCUCCACAACUGUGUGAUGGAAACCCGCCAAGGCAUCACUUGGGUAACGGAACAUCCGUCUGGGUACACAGCCUCUCGUAGAAACGUCACCCAGCUGCUGCAAGGAUCCAUUCGAACGAUCUUGAAAGACAAAGUAUCGGAGAUCGAUGCUAUGUGUUGCAAAUCUCCUGUUUUCUCGCAAUGCCUGCCAUUCUUGAUGUCUGGAGUAUGUCGAAGAGAUAACUGUCCCCAAGAGCAUGUCACAGUAUCGAAAUUGGAUCGCCAAUAUUACAACAACCGUGUCGCGAUCCACAUCUGGCAAAUUCUUAUCUUGCAAUUCAUGUAUUCCGCUCAUCCAUACAUUGAACGACGCAAUGGCAUGAGGGACUGGCUCAAGCAUCUUUACGAGGCUAUCAAUCCACCCUUCUUCAUUCAAGGUUCCCCCGCAGACCUUGACAUAAACCUGAUGCCUCUUCGUCUAGAUGGCAUGAAAGUGGUGAAGCUCUGGAUCCGCGAAUCCUUCUACUCGCUCGACCCAUUCUAUACACAGGCUGAAUUUUUGACGGCGUUAAUGGGGAUAACCAGUCUAAGUUUCGCUUUUGACAGGAACGACGCACCUGUCUACAUCUCUCGAGCAAAGUGUACGGUCUCCGGACCGUUAGAACUCUUUCGCAAGGGGGACAAUCGCUAUAUGGUUCAUGACCUGCUCAGUUCUUACCAAGGAGCUACCCGCAGCAGCAUCUCAUCGGGAAUUCUGUAUCUUCUGCAUGUUCUCGAUAAUCGUUUAUAUGCCAACCUCUCCGUGUUGUGCGACUGUAUCGAGGAUAUCUGCAGCGCUUUUGUAAUCAAGUACCGAAUGGACCCAGACUUUAAUAAGUUUCCCCUCCAUGACGUCGUCCUUCCAUGCAGCUGGCUAUUGCUUCCCCACAAAUUCACUGCUGAGAAAGACACUAAGCUGUUUUUGAUGGGCAAGCUUCUGGAUGAGAUAGCGAGGCUGGUCGAAGCAUUGCGGGUAGAAGUCGGCAUGGAAUUCCUCUGGCUGAACCAUACCAGAUUUACGCCCAUUCUCCGCAAUGUUUUUAUUUCCCGGAUCUGCAGGGUUCUCUGCCUUAGUACGUGUACUGUCUCUUUCUCUUUUCAAAACGGAUUGGGUACUGAAUUGGAUUCAUUAGUUGCUCAUAACAUCAGGAAUCGCUUCAUGAGAGAGAAAGUAGACAAGAUCAUUCUUUCUCUGCACAAGAACAACCCUCCUUGGCGUCCAGCUAACUAUCGGAAACUCGUGGAUGACGUGGCCAAGUACAUGACACCAGGACGGAUGCCACCCUCAGAUGUUUACCUGCGAGCUCUCCUGGCUUUAGACAACAACAAAGGAGUGAGCAACCUGGUGCAUCUUGUCCACAAAACGAUGAGCCAGUAUGGUCGAGGUGUAGUCCCACGGCUCGUAUACGAGAAGAUCAUCGAGAUUCCCCAUCUCCUUUCAUCGUACGCAGUGAUCGCUCAGUCUACUCUGAGAGUAGAGGCCCCAGCCUUCGUACCUCGCAUAGGACAUUCCAAGGAUCAAGCAGAGGUUAUACAGCAUGAUGAGAAAGAGAUAACCGAACACCAACCGCAGGAAUUCGACGGAGAAGAAGCAAAGGAAGAGGAAGAUAUCGCGACGAAUGUUGAUGCUGAGACCCGUGAUACGUUAGAGAGUGUAGAUGAGGCGGUGACGUCGCUUGCACCUGAUUUCGACGAGUCGCUACGCUCUAACGGACCAUCGGUGGAAGAACAAAAGGCGGCUUACAAUAUUCAGAACGCAUACCGCCGUUAUGUUGGACGUCGCUCGAGUCGCGCAGUGAAUGCAGAAAUCGAUGCGAUAUUCACGACAUGCCUCAAGGAGACGCGGUCUUCUGAAUGUCGUCCAGGCUAUUACCAACUUCUUUUCCUUGGACCACUGCCUCACCUUCUGGUAUGCCUAGAACGAGGCAUUUCUCUGACUCACGCUGCCAAAGCGAAGAUGAAAGGCCUUCUUAACAAGGAAUCCCAUGAAAAACUUGAGGAGUUGGGCAAGCAGAGAAAUGAGAUAGCAACGCUCUUCAAGAAAGGAUUAGAAUUACGUAAGCAACUGGAACCUUCCUCACCAGCUCAUCGUGCCCGUGACAUUGACGCACUUAAAUGUGGAGUUCAAAAGGUCAAGGAAUUCAUGCAGAGGGUUCCUGGCAGCAUGCAAGAUAUGCAAUCUGAUUUUCAAAUAGCCUAUAAGGGCAUCGUUGCAGAGAAGAAAGUUCACGCACGAAAGGAGAAAGAGAAACCUAUUCUCAAUGUCGAGGAUAUCGACGACUAUUGAUUUGAUCGAUUGGAGUCAAGACCGCCAUUUCGUCAGUGUAUCAUAUAUCACAUUGUACAGUACGUAUUUCCGCAAAUCAAUGCCUGUGUGUGCAAGAGAA